AUGACCUCCACGACGAACACGGGAGGUGCAAACAGCUCAGAGUCCUUUACAAUCCACUAUUUCGCCGCGGCAUCCCAAUACACUGCCAAGAACACAGAGCGUUUGCCCGCACCAACCACAUUCUCGCAUUUAUUCCCACUUCUCGAAGAGCGAUACCCUGGCAUCAAGAAUGCUAUCCUGCGCAGCUCUGGUAUCAGCGUCGAUGGAGAGUAUGUCGACCUCGACGACGAGCCUACACGAUUAAUCCAGUCCGGGGCGGAGGUCGCGAUCAUCCCCCCUGUCAGCUCGGGGUGA